AACCCCGGCGCGGGCGGCGCAUCCACCGCGGGACACCGUGCUGCGUGCCGGCCGGGCUGGUCCUCGGUGCCCGCUUCGCAGGGCCGCCGGGCUGGGGAGCCUCCCGCGGCCCGGGCCCCUCCGAGCGCCCCUAGAUGGAGCCGUGCGUUCUCACCGCGGCGGCGCAGCGCGGGCGGCGGACGCGGGGCGCGCUGGGCUGCCGGGCCAUGCGGGUCCUCGGCCGCGCGGCGCUCUGGGUGCUGCUGCUGGCGCAGGCACCUGCUUGCGCCGUGGGACCCGCAGCGGCCUCGCCGGGGAGCCCGAGCGUCCGGCGUCCUCCUGGACCCGCGGAGUGGCCGGGCUGGGGGGAAAAGGGCGACUAUGAGCUGGUGUCUCCCUACGAGGUUGACCACAAGGGCAACUACGUGUCCCAUGAAAUCACCCACCCCCAGAGGAGGAAAAGGGCUCUGGCCCAGCUCGGAGUUGACUCUCUGCACCUUCGGCUGAAAGGCUUCAGGCAUGACUUCCACCUGGAUCUAAAAGCCUCCAGCAAGCUGGUGGCACCUGGAUUUCUCAUCCAGACUUUGGGAAAGCAGGGCACGAAGUCGGUGCAGGCUUUCCCACCCGAGGAUUUCUGUUUUUAUCAAGGCUCCUUGCGAUCCCACAAAAAUUCCUCAGUGGCUCUUUCGACCUGCAAAGGAUUGUCAGGCAUGAUAAGAACCCAGGAAGCGGACUACUUCCUGAAGCCCCUCCCUUCACACCUGGCAGGGAGCCCCAGUGACUCCACAGGGGGCAGGCCUCCCUCCCACAUCCUGUACAAGAGAUCCACCGAGCCACCGGCCGUGGGGCCCCACCGGGUCUCGAUGAUGGAGAAAAAGUGGGGGCUGGAAAACCACCAUCUCUUCCACCACGAAGAUCAAUCCCCACGAGGCUUCAGCUUCAGGCACCCACAGAAGCAGCAUUUCUGCGGAAGGCGCAAGAAAUACAUGCCCAAGCCUCCCAAAGAAGACCUUUUCAUCUUGCCGGAUGAGUAUAAAUCAUGUGUAAGGCAAAAGCGGUCCCUUCUGAAGUCCCAUAGGAAUGAAGAGCUGAAUGUGGAGACGCUGGUUGUGGUUGACAAAAAGAUGAUGCAAAACCAUGGCCAUGAAAACAUCACCACCUACGUGCUGACAAUUCUCAACAUGGUGUCUGCUCUAUUCAAAGACGGGACAAUAGGAGGGAAUAUCAACAUUGCCAUUGUCGCCCUUAUUCUUCUGGAAGAGGAACAGCCAGGCUUGGUGAUAAGCCAUCAUGCGGACCACAGCCUGAGCAGCUUCUGCCAGUGGCAGUCUGGACUGACGGGGAAAGAUGGGGCUCGCCACGACCACGCCAUCUUACUCACCGGCCUGGACAUAUGCUCCUGGAAGAACGAGCCCUGUGACACCCUGGGAUUCGCACCCAUCAGUGGCAUGUGCAGUAAAUACCGCAGCUGUACGAUUAAUGAGGACAUGGGUCUUGGACUGGCCUUCACCAUUGCCCACGAGUCUGGACACAACUUCGGCAUGGUCCACGACGGAGAGGGGAACGUGUGCAAGAAGUCGGAAGGCAACAUAAUGUCCCCCACGUUGGCAGGACGCAACGGGGUCUUCUCCUGGUCCCCCUGCAGCCGCCAGUACCUGCACAGGUUUUUAAGCACCGCCCAGGCUACCUGCCUUGCCAACCGGCCAAAGCCCGUGAAGGAGUACAAAUAUCCGGAGAAGCUGCCCGGAGAGUUAUACGACGUGAACACACAGUGCAAGUGGCAAUUUGGAGAGAAAGCCAAGCUCUGCAUGCUGGAUUUCAAAAAGGAUAUCUGUAAAGCCCUGUGGUGCCACCGGAUAGGAAGGAAAUGUGAGACUAAAUUCAUGCCAGCUGCAGAAGGCACUACUUGUGGGCAUGACAUGUGGUGCCGCGGAGGGCAGUGUGUGAAAUACGGGGACGAAGGCCCCAAGCCCACUCACGGUCACUGGUCAGACUGGUCUCCCUGGUCCCCUUGUUCCAGGACCUGCGGAGGAGGGGUGUCGCACAGGGACAGACUCUGCACAAACCCCAGACCAUCGCAUGGAGGCAAAUUUUGUGUGGGCUCCACGCGAACUCUGAAGCUUUGCAACAGUCACUCAUGUCCCCACAACAGCGUCGACUUUCGCGCCCAGCAGUGCGCCGAGUUCAACGGCAAACGGUUCCGAGGAUGGUUCUACAAGUGGAAGCCGUACACCCACGUGGAAGAUCAGGACUUCUGCAAACUCUACUGUAUCGCAGAAGGAUUUGAUUUCUUCUUUUCUUUGUCAAAUAAAGUCACAGAUGGGACUCCAUGCUCGGAGGAUAGCCGUAAUGUUUGUAUAGAUGGGAUAUGUGAGAGAGUGGGGUGUGACAACAUCCUGGGGUCCGAUGCUACGGAAGAUGCCUGCGGCGUGUGCCAGGGCAACAACUCCAGCUGCACAAUGCACAAGGGCCUCUACGCCAAGCAGCACCGCGCCAACCAGUAUUACCAGAUGGUCACCAUCCCCUCCGGAGCCCGGAGCAUCCGCAUCUAUGAAACGAACGUAUCUACCUCCUACAUUUCCGUGCGAAAUGCACUCAAAAAGUACUACCUGAACGGACACUGGACGGUGGACUGGCCCGGCCAGUACAAGUUUUCAGGAACCACCUUUGACUACAGACGUUCCUACAAGGAGCCUGAGAGCUUAGCCUCUCCUGGGCCAACCAACGAAACGCUGAUCGUGGAGCUUCUGUUUCAGGGAAGGAACCCAGGCAUUGCCUGGGAAUACUCCAUGCCAAGGUUGGGGGUUGAGAAGAAGCUUGGAGCCCAGCCCAGCUACACGUGGGGGACCAUCCGCUCUGAGUGCUCUGUCUCCUGUGGAGGAGGACAGAUGACCACAAGAGCAGGCUGCUACAGAGACCUGCAGGUCCUGGUGAAUGCCUCCUUCUGCAGCCCCGACACCCGGCCGGUCACAGGGGUCGUGCCCUGCAAGGUGUCUGCCUGUCCCCCCAGCUGGUCGGUGGGGAACUGGAGCGCCUGCAGCCGCACAUGCGGAGGGGGCACGCAGAGCCGGGCGGUUCAGUGCACGCGACGCGCGCACUACAAAUCGGAGCGGGUCUCGGCCAGCCUGUGUCCACAGCCUGUCCCCUCCAGCCGACAGGCCUGCCAGCCUCAGAGCUGCCCCCCGGCGUGGAGCACCGGGCCCUGGGCGGAGUGCUCACGAACCUGCGGGAAGGGCUGGCGGAAGAGGUCCGUGGCCUGUAAGAGCACCAACCCCUCGGCCAGGGCGCAGCUGCUGCCAGACGCCGUCUGCACCGCGGAGCCCAAGCCCAGGACUCACGAGGCCUGUCUGCUCAGGCGCUGCCACAAGCACAAGAAGCUGCAGUGGCUUGUGUCCGCCUGGUCCCAGUGCUCUGUUACCUGUGAAAGAGGAACCCAGAAAAGGUUCCUGAAGUGUGCUGAGAAGUACGUGUCUGGGAAGUACCGUGAGCUGGCCUCCAAGAAGUGCCUGCACCUGCCGCAGCCCCAGCUGCAGCUGCAGCGUGCCUGCGCCCCGUUUCCCUGCCCCAGACGCCCCGCAUUUGCUGCUGCAGGACCCCCGCGAGCCGGCUGGUUUGCCUCGCCCUGGUCUCAGUGCACGACCAGCUGCGGGGGCGGCGUGCAGACGCGGUCCGUGCGGUGCCUGGCAGGGGGCCGGCCGGCCGCGGGCUGCUCCGUGCUGCAGAAGCCCACCGUCUCCCAGGCCUGCAACACCCGGUUCUGCCCCAUCGCAGAGAAGAAAGGCGCCUCCUGCGGGGACCGCUUCCUCUGGUGCGCCCUGGUGCCCCGGCACGGGGUGUGCGGCCACCGCUUCUACGGCCAGCAGUGCUGCGAGGCCUGCUCCACGUCCAACCUGUGAGCCGGCAGGCGCGGGGGCCGUCUCCAGCACCAGCUGGCCGUGUGGUCUCUCCACCAGCAGGCGUCCCAGGAAGAAGAAAAAUCCAUGCGGAGCUCUUGGACCAGACUACAUGUGUGCCUGUGUGUGCAUGCACAUGUGUGUGUGUGCAUGCACGUGGGUGUGUGUGUGUGUUCAUCCCCGGGCACACAGGCACACACUUGGCGGGGAGGAGGCGUGGAGUCAGGACAGAGCUCCCCAACCUGCUCGCCCUGAACCGCGGAGCUCUGGCAAAGCAGGCCGGCCCGGAAUAAGGAAGACUUGCAGAAGGUCUGCUUCUAAGGACUGGCCCAGCUGCCACCUGGAAACCACUGCUUCUGGAGGCGGGGUCAGCCCCUCCCGGCUGCGUCCCCUGUGUCCUGCCCCAGCGGCGGUUUCUCUGCACAGGGACCCCAGGUGGCCCCGGGCAGGUGAGCUGGUCUCCAUCCUGGUGGGGAGCCUGGCCUCUGGAAAUGGGAAAUGAAAUUCCCACCAUGGUGCUUCUGUCCCUUUCAGACCCAUUGGAAGCAAGAAAGAAUUCUCAUACGUUGCCUUUUUUCUCUUUCUCAGUUAUUUACAAGUGAGUGUUCCUAUUUAAACGCAUUUCUUAAUGCUUUUCUCUUUCAAGUGGCAGAAUGACAGGCUGGACCCGAAUUAGAGACUCCGUGGGGUUUACACCAAGCACUGUGGGCCGUGAUUGGCCCACUUGGGUUUGCUUUUAUGUGCUGCAGGGUUUUCGAUUUUUUUCCCCCGUAAAUUUUGGUUGUUUUCCUAACAUCCAUUCAGAAGGGAGGCCAAGGACUUCCAGGUGAAAAGCUACGCAGCAGGGGGCCUCCAACCUCCCCUCCCCACCCAACCCCAGAUUUCAGUCUUUUUCUGCGGUGUGGUCUCCAUUCCAAAUGGCUCCUGGAUAUUUAUAUUUGCUGAAGUUUUAUAAU